AUGACCAAACUCCAAAGAUGUUAUUUAUUUAGUCUUUGAAAAAAAAUCAGGCGAUAAAUUUUACUAAGCCAGAGCGGAAAAUAAGAAGAGAGAAAAGCCGGCGUCGAUAUAAAUUAAAUCAAAAAUAGAAAUAAUAAUUCCAACUAAAAAUCAAAAGAAAAAAAUUAAUACUGUACAUAAAAUCCAUCGUCGUCUCCUCUUCCAGAUCCAUCUCUCUCGUCACUCAUCGACGGGACCAGCCGAGAGAAGGAAAACACUCGGAAAAGACUUCUCCUCCGCCAUGGGCACGAUGCUUAGGGUUUUCCUCCUUCUCCUAUCGCUUUUAUCAAUUACAGCUCCUGCCUUCUCUCUUUACGAAGAUCAAGUUGGCCUCGCUGACUGGCAUCAGAAGUACAUAGGGAAGGUGAAAGACGCUGUCUUUCACACGCAGAAAACUGGUCGAAAGCGGGUCGUGGUUUCUACUGAAGAGAAUGUCAUUGCCUCUUUGGAUCUUAGACAUGGCGAGAUUUUCUGGAGGCAUGUUCUUGGACCCAAUGAUGCCAUUGAUGGAAUCGAUAUUGCCAUGGGUAAAUAUGUCAUCACCCUUUCAUCUGAGGGCAGUAUCCUGAGGGCAUGGAACCUUCCGGAUGGACAAAUGGUGUGGGAAGCAUUUCUUCAAGGUCCACAUUCCUCCAAGUCAUCAUUAUUGGUGCCGGCUAGCUUGAAAGUUGACAAGGACAAUGUAAUCCUUGCUUUUGGUAAAGGAUGUCUUCAUGCCGUUUCAGGCAUUCAUGGCGAGAUUCUCUGGAAGAAGGAUUUGGAGGCAGAAAGUUUUGAAAUUCAACACAUGAUUCAGACCUCUGGCAGUGAUUUAAUUCAUUUGGUCGGGUUUGUUGGCUCAUCCCAGUUUGAUUCAUACACAAUUGAUGCCAAGAGCGGAGAGCUACUAAAGCAUGAUAGUGCAGCCAUCCCUGGCGGUUACUCUGGGCAAGCUUCCUUAGUUUCGAGCAGCACACUUGUAGUGAUGGAUUCGGCUGGUUCAACGGUAACAACUAUUAGUUUCCAGGAUGGAAAAGUUACAUUUAGCCAAACACCUGUUUCUACCCUAAUUGAGGACUUUGUUGGGAAGGCAAAGUUAUUGGCUUUAAAACUUGAAGGAGUGUUUGCUGUGAAAACUGGUACACAUACAACAUUUGUAAGAGUGACAGUUGAAGGAAAGUUGGAGGUUGUAGAUAAGAUCAACCAUGCAACUGCAGUUAGCGAUGUUCUGGAAAUUUCAGAGAACAGGCAAGCUUUUGCAUUUGUUCACCGUAGAAGCAACGGGAUCGACUUAACAGUGAAGCUUGGUGCAGAUUGGAACCAUGAUUUGCUUAAGGAGAGCAUUAAGAUGGACCAAGAAAGAGGGUCUGUCCAGAAGGUGUACAUAAACAACUACAUCCGGACAGACAGGUCCCAUGGAUUCAGGGCUCUGAUUGUCAUGGAAGAUCACUCUCUUUUACUGGUACAACAAGGUGCUGUUGUUUGGAGCAGGGAGGAUGCUCUGGCCUCAGUUAUAGAUGUAAAAACGUCAGAGCUUCCUGUUGAAAAGAAAGGCGUUUCAGUUGCAAAAGUUGAGGAAAGCCUUUUUGAGUGGCUUCAGGGACAUGUGCUUAAGCUGAAAGGAACACUAAUGCUUGCGAGUCCUGAUGAUAUGGCUGCCAUUCAAUCCUUGCGGUUGAAAGCCUCCGGGAAGAGUAAGAUGACCCGAGACCAUAAUGGUUUCCGGAAGCUUCUCAUUGUGCUCACAAAAGCCGGGAAAGUUUUUGCCUUGCACACUGGAGAUGGUAGGAUCGUCUGGUCUCGGUUACUGAACUCUCUACGCCAAUCAGAAACAUGUGAAAACCCAACUGGGCUCAAUCUGUUCCCCUGGCAUGUUCCUCAUCACCAUGCACUGGACGAGAAUCCAUCUGCUCUUGUUGUCAGCCGGUGUGGACCGAGUGAUGAUGCUCUAGGUCUACUUUCUUUUGUUGAUACCUACACUGGAAAGGAGCUUAGUUCAUCAAGUCUUGACCAUUCUGUUGUGCAAGUCAUUCCUCUGCCAUUCAUGGAUUCAACUGAACAACGCCUGCAUCUUCUAAUAGAUGCUAGUGGGCAAGCUCAUUUGUAUCCGAAGACCUCUGAUGCCCUCGGUGUUUUCAGACCUGAGUUGACAAAUGUUUACUGGUAUUCUGUUGAAGCUGAGACAGGUAUUAUUAAGGGGUACGCUCUAAAGGAAAAGGCUUCUGACGAUUAUUCUUUUGACACUAGAGGUAUAUGGUCGAUCGUCUUCCCCUCGGAAUCGGAAAAGAUAAUAAAAACUUCAACCAGAAAACUGAAUGAGGUUGUUCAUACCCAAGCAAAGGUCGUAGCAGAUCAAGAUGCAAUGUUCAAAUAUAUAUCGAAGAAUUUACUCUUCGUUGCAACUGUUGCACCGAAAGCCAGUGGUGAUAUUGGUUCAUCGACCCCAGAGGAGUCAUGGUUGAUUGUCUACCUCAUCGAUACAAUUACAGGCCGUAUAUUGCAUCGAAUGACUCAUCAUGGGGCCCAAGGUCCAGUAGAGGCGGUUGUUAGUGAAAACUGGGUCAUCUAUCACUACUUCAAUCUUAGAGCACACAAAUAUGAGAUGUCGGUGAUUGAAAUUUAUGAUCAGUCUCGGGCGGACAACAAAGAUGUAUGGAAGCUCAUCCUGGGGAAGCAUAAUCUGACUUCACCAGUAUCUUCGUAUUCUAGGCCAGAGAUCAUGACUAGGUCACAGUCUUACUUCUUCACCCAUUCCGUAAAAUCAAUAGCAGUUACAUCCACCGCAAAGGGCAUCACUUCAAAGCAGCUUCUUAUUGGUACAGUUGGCGACCAGGUUUUGGCGCUCGAUAAGCGAUUCUUGGAUCCUCGUAGAUCAGUCAAUCCAACACAAGCAGAAAAGGAGGAAGGAAUUAUUCCUCUCACCGAUUCACUGCCCAUCAUCCCUCAGUCAUACAUUACGCAUGCCCUUAAAGUGGAAGGCCUGAGAGGCAUUGAAACCGUACCAGCCAAGCUCGAGUCGACCACUCUCAUUUUCGCGUAUGGAGUCGACCUCUUCUUCACCCGCUUCGCACCAUCAAGGACCUACGACUCUCUCACCGAGGACUUCAGCUACGCGCUGUUGCUCUUGACGAUUGUCGCCCUAGUGGCCGCCAUCUUCAUAACGUGGAUUCUAUCGGAGAAGAAAGAACUCCGAGACAAGUGGAGGUGAAAAGGGAGAUGGACAUUAGACAGCUCCCCAGCCUCUGAAAACCCCAUGUUUCAGUUUCCUUUCCUCUCACCUCACGGUUUUGAUCAGACUGAACUUGUAGGAUGUUAGCUCUCAAACUCUUGUAAGUGUUUGUAGAUUACACUCUAAUCUCAAUUAUAGGGUACUGGCUACUGAUUCUCUUGUAAACUCCGACUCAUCAUUUUGCAAGCUCGAUAAAUGCUAGGACCUCAGGGGAGAGAGGUACCCCGACCCUUUUGGUAGGGCUUUCAGCUAUCUGUUUUGGAGGAUAAUUUAUGUGUAUAAUUUUCAGUUAGCUCAAUCUUUGACCAUCUAUCUUCCCAAUGAAAGGAAGGAUCCAAGUCAUGACCAGCUUCCCUCUAGUUAGGGAUGAUGAUUUCGAUCUUCUCGUAGGCUAGAUGAGUAUGGGUAUUCUUCUUGAGCUUACGCGCCAUAUGCUCGACCUGUUUUUUGUCUGUAUUGUAUAUAAUUGUACUCAAAUUAUUUGGGAUUUUGCUUUCAUUACCUCAUAUUUUAGUUAUAAUAAAGUUGUAAAUGAGUGAGAGUCUCAAUUUCUCAAAUAAUUUAUCUACAUUUAUAAUGUUAUAGUUUGUUUCGUAAACUUUUUAAUAGGGUUGCUUUCUUCCCAAGAAAAAAGCCAAUUCCAACAUUAUGGCCCAACAACACGAGUUGUUUAUGGCUUUCUUUCUUCGUCUGAAAAACAACAUUAGUUGCCAAAUGGGUCUUUUCUUUCACAAUCCUUUCUCUAGCGGAUGAAAUAGUUGUUAGAUUUCACAUUUAUCGCAUCACCAAUAAUUCAUACUUGGAUCAAUCUACUCCUGCCAGUAAACUAUAGUGCGAAGUAUUCGAAUUCUUCUUUCACCACAUACUCCCAGACUUGUAAAUGCUCUCCUUGGAUUGUUGAAUAGAAUUCAACUACACUAGGUCUAGAAUGGAUGGUACAAAGUCCUUCAGCUUUUCAUACUUUUGUACAUUUCUCAUUUUCUAUUUGAAAAAUCAUUUAUUUUUUUACACCACAUUGGGACUAUGGGAGUUGAACACACCAAAUUUGACUGCGAAACCCCAUAAAUAAGGAGAUAUCUUUUGAUUUUGUUCACUAGAUUUGGAUUGAAUGAUGUUUCUACAUUGGUUUUAGGUCCUCAGUUUUGUAUCUAAUGGGUCGUUUGGAAGUCGCGAUUGUUUCCGUGAGAUCAUUUGUAUUGUUUGAAAUGUAUCGUUUUAUUUUUAUUUUUAAGUAGCCAGAAUGCGUGAAUUAUUUCUGCGAUGUCUCAAAAUGUGUGAUUGUUAUAUCUCAGGUUUUAGAUAAAAUUGUUGACAUAGU